AUGGAUGGUGACGAAACAGACUACGAAAAUAUCUCUUCCGGUGAUAGUGAGGCUGAUGAGCAUGAACAGGACCUGGCAACAGAACCUGGUACACCAGUUUCUCCAGGAUCCAACCCCGAAAACCCUCUUUUUGUAGACGAUGCUCCUAACUUAGCCGACGAACCCCCUCUCUUCGUUGAAGACGUCCCUCUGUUUAUCGAGGAGGUGACUGAUGGGGAUUACGUUAACGAUGACGAUGGACAGACAAAUGGGAGCCAAACCAGCAGCAAUGAGUCCGAGUCAGAUGAAGAAACAGACUCUCAAGGGGAUGCUUCAUCCGAAGGGCAAGGUCAUAACAAUGUCUUUGACUCAGACGCUGAAGAGCCUGUUUGGAGUUUGCCGCAUUGCCAAGAAGUCUGCCAACCACAGUGGCAAAGGAUCCACAACAAAUCCUACAACAGAAAGUGCAGAAUCAUACGGCUCACACAGGCAUACCGCCGAGUCCUAAGGGAGAAUCGUGAGCUCCAAGCAGAAGUCGAGGACCUCAAGGCCCGCUUGGCGGUUCGUAGGCAAGCUCGCGGACGUUACAAGGCGACAUGGUAUGAGCUUUAUCGCCUACGAGAUAGAAGGGAGAAUAUGCCGAACGGGAGGGCUAUCUCAUGGGCAGCAAUCUACAAGAAAUCUUGCCUCGAAGGGAACAUGAGCCAAAUCCUCACUUUCGUCCACCCGAGACUUAAGUUGAGGGCGCCAUAUCCUCGAGAUGAACAAAUCACACCCCGUACUGUGGGGGAGCGUUUCGUCUUUUGGGCUCGUCUCCCAGCAGGCGUUCAAUUAGAGGUUCUCCGACAUCUUCUAGUUUUCACAGAUGGCCCGGUUCACGCCAUCUCUAGACUUGACCCUUUUAAAGAACCCGAGGAACUGCCGCGGAAUUGCCUGGGGAAAAUCAGCUACUUGCAUCGCUUUCAUGUUGGGAUUAGAUCCGUGAGCUUGACAUAUGCUCUCGACCCCCAUGAGGUCUUGGCUCCGCUGGGAGUGUGCAAGAAGUGGAACACAUGGGGUUGCUACCUUUUCUACGAACGUGGCCAUUGGUCGUCUCGGCGUACUCAUCCACUGCUUUGGCUGAGCGAGGCAAAGCGGCUGCUGAACGUGGAGUUUUUCCUGCAGGAAUCCCAUCCCGAGGUCAUGAGACGAAAGCACGAGCCUCGGGCACUCAUCGACCACAUGGCUGAGAAGACGAAUCUGCAGCCAAAUUACAGGCUGCACAGGGACCUGCGUACCUUGCAGGGCCUCGACUACAUUCUUUGUCUUCGGGGCUUGAAGAAGGUCGACUUUUUCGAUUUCGAUAGAUGGAAGGCCGAUGGUGUGAUCGAGCAGGUCCGUGAUUACCGGUUUGUCAUGGAUGUCAAGAACAAUGUCUCCCGCCCAAAGGCACCCCACGAGGCUGAGACGUCGGAGAUACGAAACCUCGCGCCUACAGUGCCCGGUCACGUUAUGGAAUCCGGUGACUGGGACGCCUUGGAGCGCUUCUUGACCAGGCAUUUCGGCAUCCGGACUGGGCAGAUACCGCUCCAGCGUGGGUACGCGCCUGUGAGAGUGCACCCCGUUAGCACAUUCAUUGUCAUCGACAGCGACAGCGAAGACGGCUCCGAUGCUGGCUCCAGCGUCCGUUUCGGUUCCGGUUCGGGGAUUCUGGAGGAAAGACGAAGCACAGGCAGUGUCACCUCGGCCAUGGAGGAUGAACACGACGGCAGCCCUGGUUCCGAGGAGCCAAUGGCCAGUACAGAGAACGAUGCCGAGUCUCUCGAUGAGGUCAUGGACUUUGACGUUAUUGACCCGGCAGAUGAUGAGAUGAGCGAUGAUGAAGAUGAGGAUGGUUUUGGCGAUCCUAUGGACUUGGGAGAAUAA